AUGGGGAUGCCCGGCUCCAAGCCUCGGAGGCAAGCGCAGGUCCUGAUGCUGGGCCUGGACGAAUCCGGGAAGAGCACUUUGCUCUACAAACUCAAGUACAACGAAAGCGUGGUGACGGUGCCCACCGUUGGGUUCAACGUGGAGACGUUGGAGACAGACAGGAGCAGCCCGGGUCUCACCGUCUGGGAUGUGGGCGGCCAGAAGAAGAUGAGGCCUCACUGGAAACAUCACUACGUCGACACGGCAGGCCUGGUGUUUGUGGUGGACAGCGCGGACCCCGGGAGGCUGGAGGAGGCGCGCAAAGAGCUCCAUCGGGUGCUGAAGUACGACAGCCUGAGAGGUGUUCCUCUGGUCGUCCUCGCCAACAAACAGGAUCUGCGGUGGGCUCUGAGUACCGAGGUGGUCUGUCAGAGGCUGGACCUGAGGAGAGCGUGUGAGGCCACCAGGGCUUGGUUCAUCCAGCCCUGCUCGGGCAUCACAGGCGCCGGGCUGGAGGAAGGUUUCAGGAGGCUGGUGUACCUGAUGAAGACCCCGCUUUGGCAGACACAAGAGGACAUCCAGGUCAAGAUGAAGUCAAAGGGCUUCAGGAUCACGGCCUUGUUGUGCGGCUGAUUUCUCACGGUGAGCGAAAAGCUCAUCUCAUGAAUCAUCCAAUCACGUUGAGUUCAUUCUUAUCUGCCUGCCUCAUCCAGAUCAUCUAAUUAAAGCGUGGCAUUUAAAGAUGGAUUAUUUCAACAGAGUCGACUAGUCAUAGCGUGACAGGAAAUGUUAUUUUCUUGAAUAAGAGGUUGUGACGAGAGUACACGAAAAGUCGAAGGGUGACAACGCUUGCGUGUCGUGAGAAUACUGAUGGAAUCGACCC